AUGGGCGCAUCACGCCGCUCUCCACCGCCGGACCUCCGAGGAGAGCGAAAGCCGGACAGGUCGAGGGAGGCAGCCGCUUUCUUCUCCUACCGGGACCCUCCCGGCGGUUCCGAGAAGGAGACUCGACGCUUGCGGGACAGACAAUUCGGAGUGACGCUGGAUCCCCGCCGGACGGAGGAGAGUUGGGACAUCAACCAGAAGCUUCAGGAGGACAACCAGGAGCUGCGGGACCUUUGCUGCUUCCUGGACGACGAUCGCCAGAAGGGCAAAAAAGUCUCUCGAGAGUGGCAGAGGCUCGGCAGGUAUAGUGCUGGUGUCAUGCACAAAGAGGUGGCCUUAUAUUUGCAGAAGCUGAAGGAGCUGGAAGUGAGGCAGGAAGAGGUGGUGAAGGAGAACCUGGAGCUGAAGGAGCUUUGCGUCUUGCUGGACGAAGAGAAGACUGGCGUCGCUGGCUGCCGGAACUCGAUCGACAGCCAAGCUAGUCUCUGCCAGUUAAGCGCUGCCAGCACUUUCAUAAGGGAUGUGGGAGACGGGAGCAGCACCUCCAGCACCGGAAGUACAGACAGCCCCGACCAUCACAAGCACCAUCCAAGCUCCAGUCCGGAGCACCUCCAGAAAACGAGGAAUGAGGGAAGCCCUGAGCAUCAAAAGCACAGGAGCGCCAGUCCAGAACACCUCCACAAACCCCGGAGUUCUGGAAGUCCUGACCACCAGAAGCACCUCAAAGGGCCAAGUCCAGAGCACCACAAAACCCACAGCAAAGGCACCCCAGAUCAGCAGAAGCUUAGCUGUGGCAGUCCGGAAACCCUGCCGAAACACAUGCUGAGCGGGAGCCCAGAACAUUUCCAGAAACACCGGGCUGGGAGCAGUCCGGAACACCAGAAACACGGUGGCAGCGGCGGGAGUCCGGAGCUUCUGCAGAAGCAUGGUUUGAGUGGAAGCGCAGAACAUCUCCCCAAAGGGAGGGCCACCAGUUCUGAGCACCUCAAACAGCACUAUGGGGGAAGCCCCGAGCAUCUUAAACACUUGGGCGGCGGCAGCAGAGAAGGAACCUUAAGGAGACCAGUUGCGGAUGACCUAUCACCUCAUCACAGGGGUCUCUACAACGGGAUGAAUGCAGAACCCUACACAGCUGCUCAACCCUGUUCGGGACUAACAUCGAGAAUGGAGAACCAACCUUGUCCUAUGUUAGGCAGCUGGAAGCAAGAGUAAGACAGCUGGAGGAGGAAAAUCGCAUGCUGCCCCAGGUUGUGUGGAGGAAACUUGGAGAUGCUGCAAGCUCGUGUCCUGGAAUUAGACAACACUUGUCAGGAAAUCAGUACAAAGGGCCCA